AUGACCCAGACCGCGGGCCUGACUCUCGCCGUCUUGGACUUUCUGAUGAGCACUCUCUUGGUCAUCACGGGCAUUCUCAUCCCCACCAUUUGGGCCACGGACAUCCAGCAUUAUGCGCGCACCGCUGCAUCUCGUGGCUUUCUUGUACCAGGUGGCCCUGGGGGUUUGUUGAGGCAUCGAGGAGGUUUAAUGGCUACAUCAAGCGGCCCUGGACCUGGAGGCUCAGGUCGAUUCGUUUCUGUGGCAGCUACUUCUGCCGGCUGCAGUGUAACUGCAGCCAGUGGCUGUGGUAGUGGUGGCGUAGAACAGGAGGAGGACUCAGCCGAGCAUAUUGAAGACAUGUCUGCAGCAGCUGCGCUUGUUGCCGGAGGUGGCGCCCGGCCCUCAGCAAUUUCGCGCGCCUCACUACUUUCCGGUGGCGUACCUAGGUCGUCAGCAGCUGCUGCAGUUAUGCAGCAUCAUGCUGCGGCAGCAGCAGCAGUAGUUGCCGCCAGCAGAGCGCAAGUCAGGCCAGGCCAAGAGGUUGUGGGAGAGGAUGAAGAAGAGGAAGAUGUGUAUGAAGAAUUGCCUGAUGAUGAUGAUGACGAUCUGGAUGAUAUGGAAGACGAUGAAGAAGAAGAAGAGGAUAUGGAGGAUGUGAACUAA